AUGGGAAAGGCAAGAGAAACCGAGAGGAAACAGGGGAAGGGGAAGAAACCGACAGGGGAAGGGGAAGGAGAAGGGGAUGAGAGAAACCGAAACUUAACAGGGGAAGGGGGAAGGGAUGACAGAAACCGAAACUUGAUAGGGGAAGGGGAAGGAGAAGGGGAUGAGAGAAACCGAAACUUAACAGGGGAAGGGGGAAGGGAUGACAGAAACCGAAACUUGAUAGGGGAAGGGGAAGGAGAAGGGGAUGAGAGAAACCGAAACUUAACAGGGGAAGGGGGAAGGGAUGACAGAAACCGAAACUUGAUAGGGGAAGGGGAAGGAGAAGGGGAUGAGAGAAACCGAAACUUAACAGGGGAAGGGGGAAGGGAUGACAGAAACCGAAACUUGAUAGGGGAAGGGGAAGGAGAAGGGGAUGAGAGAAACCGAAACUUAACAGGGGAAGGGGGAAGGGAUGACAGAAACCGAAACUUGAUAGGGGAAGGGGAAGGAGAAGGGGAUGAGAGAAACCGAAACUUAACAGGGGAAGGGGGAAGGGAUGACAGAAACCGAAACUUGAUAGGGGAAGGGGAAGGAGAAGGGGAUGAGAGAAACCGAAACUUAACAGGGGAAGGGGGAAGGGAUGACAGAAACCGAAACUUGAUAGGGGAAGGGGAAGGAGAAGGGGAUGAGAGAAACCGAAACUUAACAGGGGAAGGGGGAAGGGAUGACAGAAACCGAAACUUGAUAGGGGAAGGGGAAGGAGAAGGGGAUGAGAGAAACCGAAACUUAACAGGGGAAGGGGGAAGGGAUGACAGAAACCGAAACUUGAUAGGGGAAGGGGAAGGAGAAGGGGAUGAGAGAAACCGAAACUUAACAGGGGAAGGGGGAAGGGAUGACAGAAACCGAAACUUGAUAGGGGAAGGGGAAGGAGAAGGGGAUGAGAGAAACCGAAACUUAACAGGGGAAGGGGGAAGGGAUGACAGAAACCGAAACUUGAUAGGGGAAGGGGAAGGAGAAGGGGAUGAGAGAAACCGAAACUUAACAGGGGAAGGGGGAAGGGAUGACAGAAACCGAAACUUGAUAGGGGAAGGGGAAGGAGAAGGGGAUGAGAGAAACCGAAACUUAACAGGGGAAGGGGGAAGGGAUGACAGAAACCGAAACUUGAUAGGGGAAGGGGAAGGAGAAGGGGAUGAGAGAAACCGAAACUUAACAGGGGAAGGGGGAAGGGAUGACAGAAACCGAAACUUGAUAGGGGAAGGGGAAGGAGAAGGGGAUGAGAGAAACCGAAACUUAACAGGGGAAGGGGGAAGGGAUGACAGAAACCGAAACUUGAUAGGGGAAGGGGAAGGAGAAGGGGAUGAGAGAAACCGAAACUUAACAGGGGAAGGGGGAAGGGAUGACAGAAACCGAAACUUGAUAGGGGAAGGGGAAGGAGAAGGGGAUGAGAGAAACCGAAACUUAACAGGGGAAGGGGGAAGGGAUGACAGAAACCGAAACUUGAUAGGGGAAGGGGAAGGAGAAGGGGAUGAGAGAAACCGAAACUUAACAGGGGAAGGGGGAAGGGAUGACAGAAACCGAAACUUGAUAGGGGAAGGGGAAGGAGAAGGGGAUGAGAGAAACCGAAACUUAACAGGGGAAGGGGGAAGGGAUGACAGAAACCGAAACUUGAUAGGGGAAGGGGAAGGAGAAGGGGAUGAGAGAAACCGAAACUUAACAGGGGAAGGGGGAAGGGAUGACAGAAACCGAAACUUGAUAGGGGAAGGGGAAGGAGAAGGGGAUGAGAGAAACCGAAACUUAACAGGGGAAGGGGGAAGGGAUGACAGAAACCGAAACUUGAUAGGGGAAGGGGAAGGAGAAGGGGAUGAGAGAAACCGAAACUUAACAGGGGAAGGGGGAAGGGAUGACAGAAACCGAAACUUGAUAGGGGAAGGGGAAGGAGAAGGGGAUGAGAGAAACCGAAACUUAACAGGGGAAGGGGGAAGGGAUGACAGAAACCGAAACUUGAUAGGGGAAGGGGAAGGAGAAGGGGAUGAGAGAAACCGAAACUUAACAGGGGAAGGGGGAAGGGAUGACAGAAACCGAAACUUGAUAGGGGAAGGGGAAGGAGAAGGGGAUGAGAGAAACCGAAACUUAACAGGGGAAGGGGGAAGGGAUGACAGAAACCGAAACUUGAUAGGGGAAGGGGAAGGAGAAGGGGAUGAGAGAAACCGAAACUUAACAGGGGAAGGGGGAAGGGAUGACAGAAACCGAAACUUGAUAGGGGAAGGGGAAGGAGAAGGGGAUGAGAGAAACCGAAACUUAACAGGGGAAGGGGGAAGGGAUGACAGAAACCGAAACUUGAUAGGGGAAGGGGAAGGAGAAGGGGAUGAGAGAAACCGAAACUUAACAGGGGAAGGGGGAAGGGAUGACAGAAACCGAAACUUGAUAGGGGAAGGGGAAGGAGAAGGGGAUGAGAGAAACCGAAACUUAACAGGGGAAGGGGGAAGGGAUGACAGAAACCGAAACUUGAUAGGGGAAGGGGAAGGAGAAGGGGAUGAGAGAAACCGAAACUUAACAGGGGAAGGGGGAAGGGAUGACAGAAACCGAAACUUGAUAGGGGAAGGGGAAGGAGAAGGGGAUGAGAGAAACCGAAACUUAACAGGGGAAGGGGGAAGGGAUGACAGAAACCGAAACUUGAUAGGGGAAGGGGAAGGAGAAGGGGAUGAGAGAAACCGAAACUUAACAGGGGAAGGGGGAAGGGAUGACAGAAACCGAAACUUGAUAGGGGAAGGGGAAGGAGAAGGGGAUGAGAGAAACCGAAACUUAACAGGGGAAGGGGGAAGGGAUGACAGAAACCGAAACUUGAUAGGGGAAGGGGAAGGAGAAGGGGAUGAGAGAAACCGAAACUUAACAGGGGAAGGGGGAAGGGAUGACAGAAACCGAAACUUGAUAGGGGAAGGGGAAGGAGAAGGGGAUGAGAGAAACCGAAACUUAACAGGGGAAGGGGGAAGGGAUGACAGAAACCGAAACUUGAUAGGGGAAGGGGAAGGAGAAGGGGAUGAGAGAAACCGAAACUUAACAGGGGAAGGGGGAAGGGAUGACAGAAACCGAUUUAAUUCUGUCUAG